GCUGUGGUUGUCUUUUCAUUCAUUUAUUACUAGAAUUUACGAUUGGCUUAUGCUAACUGCCGACAAUUCCCGAUCGUAUAGCCUAGUACUCAUUAGUUUGACCACGUGAUACUAGGGUAAUGAAGCGUGACGUUACAUGCUGACACCACCCAUUAUGUGGAAAGAGGACAGAAUCCGCUCGUUUGUCUUGGUAUGGUUAGCCGUUAGCGUACCUCAGCUUGUUCAGUCCAUUUCAUCACACACGAUCGCUCUCAUCCUACCAAGUCGGGCGGAGUUUCUUCAACUGAAAACAAAUAUCACGUAUGAGGAGCUCAAGGAAACUUACAUCGAUGCCAUUAAAGACGCCAACUGGUUCUACGGCCACAGAUUAGCUGCAUACCAUCUAGACUACUUCUUCCUAGAUUCCACAAGUCAUCCAAGCGACUUUAUCAGCCGAUUCUUGAAUCUACUAUCGGACGGGUUGCCUCCGCCGGUGGCUAUGAUUGGUCCGUUUCAUGUGGAUCGGUUGAGUUAUAUAGCGCCGUUGGCUGAAAUGAGUCAAGUGCCACUCGUUUCUCCGUGGAUACCUUUGUCUCAAAUGAAGAGGUUCCUCCCACCCUCAAACGGAAUGUCAUUAUCGAUGCAGGCGGCGCAGAGUGCGCACGGAGACGAGCUGAUCAGAAUAAUGGAGUAUCACGGUUGGUCGCACAUCGCUUUCGUCAUCACACAAUCUCCACUACAACAUCAUUCUCCGUAUCAACAAAAUAUCAGAAACAUUCGUUACGGGACUGAGGCUCUCAACGUGAACGUAGUGGUAACCGCUUGGAUUCCACCCGCUGAAGACUACGCGAACGACACGGAUGCAUUUGAGACGGCUAUAGCACAAGAAAUGGAAAAGAUCUGGAAUAGCGGAGUAACCGUUAUUGUUCUCUCUAUUGAGCAAGUUACUCUGACUUACGAAGUACUUAUGCGAGCUGCCGAUAAGUAUGGACUAAUCAAUAAUUUUACUGCUUGGAUCAGCCUGAACGUCGGAGCUAAAAGUGAUCUAGAAUGGGCGAUUAAUGGAGUUCGACCCGAAGUACAACGUUUGUUAGACGGAAUGAUCGUUACUGUCGCUGAUCUCAACGAUUACUUCAAUACACGUUUAUCAGUGGUACCGCAUAUCUUUUAUCCUGACAAGUUAAAAGAUCCUCUCGCUCAGUUGGUGUAUGAUAGUGUGUGGACCGUGGCGAUUGCAGUCGACUACACUCUGUACGCAAUUUCAGCAGAAAAAGUUCGAAUUGGCGAUCUUCAAUUCCAGCGCUGGACGUCGGGAGAAGAAAUAGUGAUAAACAUAAAGCGUUCAAACUUUGUUGGAUCCAGUGGUCUCGUGAGGUUCAACAACAACGAACGGCUGACGUGGUAUAAUAUUAGUAAUAUUAGACUUCAACAUCACCGGAGCCGUAACGUAGGAUAUUAUGGUUUUGGCAAACUUGUUAUAUAUCGUCCUAUUUACUGGUAUAACAGCGCGAUUCGGAGUCCCAUUGGAGAAGUCAACAUCUGCCGUCAUAGAAUCAAUGUUCUUCUGGCAGGAGGUCGGUAUAAGCCAUACAUCGAGUAUUCAUCAAAAGACAAAACAGAUAGAAAAUAUUUUGGUUGGGCUGUGGAACUGUUUGAAAAAGCAGCAAGAAAAAGCUGUCUGAACAACAUUAAAUAUUAUUCUAUUCCCAGUAUCACGUGGAAUGAGGCCAUUGAUGUAGUAGAGGAUGGAUAUCUCGCGCGGAUCGGGAUCCAGGAAUACGACGGGGUAGAAUUUCAUGUGGUCGUUGGACCGUUGGCAAUCACGCCAGAAAGGAUCACUAAGGUCGACUUCACAGGCUCGAUAAAGUCAGUGUCAUAUCGAGUAGCAAUUCUCAGACCGGAAACCGAUAUCACAAAUCUUUGGGAAUUCUUCAAACCAUUUUCGUGGGAACUCUGGCUUUUAACAUUUUUCUUCUUUGCGGCGGGUGGCUUUGUUGUGUUUGUUCUUGAGAGAAACAGGAAGAGGUCAAACGUGGAUGCUCCAAAUGUUGGAGACUCGAUCUUCAUUUCUCUGUCUGUAUUCUUCUACACGAAUGACCAGGAUAGUGUCAUCUCGCACUCCGGCCGUGGUUACAUUGCUAUCUCCUGGUUUGUUACUCUCGUUCUCUACGCGUGCUUCACUGCUAAUCUCACCGUAUUCCUUUUGAGGCGGCAGGAAAUAUCAACAUACGGGACAAUUGAAGAUAUUCACGACGGCGUUAUUGGAGCAUCCAACGUAACCGGAGCAUUGUCUUAUUUACAGCGAGCUUAUCCGAGAUUGAACUUUAAAGACGUAUCUUCUGAGGACUGGUUGGAACGAUUGAUAUCAAAAAAAAUAACAGCUUACGUUGAGGACUCGUCUGUUCUGGAAUUCGAAGCGAAAACUGAAUGUAAAAUUAAGCUUCUUGACAACGAAUUACGCGUAAUAAACGCAGCGUUUGCUCUCAAGCACAACUCACCGUACACGAAGAAGCUGAAUGAUGGAAUUAGGCAUGCUUGGUUUGACAAAGACCUCGAGGACCUUGACCAAAAAUACUUUGAAUGGGCAGACCUUUGUGAAAAUGGCGGAGAAGUGGCUGCAGACGAUGCACUAAAUCUGCAUCAUCUUGGAGGCCUCUUUAUUAUAUUGUCUGCAGUCACCAUAAUGUGUUUACUAGGAGACCUCGUGCGUCGUUACCUUAGAAAGGCUGGGUUCAUUGAUUGCAGUCACGAGGAAGAAACAAAUACAUCGCAAGAUGCAACAGAAGUUACUGCUGCUGCAACGACCGCAGAAGCGGCGAAAUGCGUUUUUGUAAACGAAUUUGCUCAAUGUGGGAGUGUCCCUGGCGACUUAGUGCGAGACAACGAGCAGCAGCAUUCUCCAUCGUCAACCCGAGAAAUGACUCCAAUUGGACAGAUGGACCUUUUUGGAAACUCUUCAUUUAGUAAAGUAUAAUUAGUGCUCGAAAAUUUGAGGAGGUAAGUGCCCUAGUUCUCUGCAUGUAGUUUGUGUAUGUAAAAUAUACAUUUUGUAUUGAACCAUGAUCAAAAUGUUAGU